GGCACAACCGGCGACGCGACGCGUUGCAUAAAUAAUAAUUACAAGCUUUCGCGAUCCUGCUUGGUGGUGUUGUUCUUUCUUCCUUUCCAUCUCACGCUUCCCAUCCCACCAUCUUGCUUUCCUUGCGAGUUCAAGGGCAGAUCCUUACAUUGGCUACACACGGAAGGCUAUAAUAUGGCACCGCGUGACUCGUAUGUGGCGUAUGGCCCGCGACCCACCUCAUCAUUCACGACGUCGGCUGGAUACCAUAAUUACCUGAAUGCCGGACAGCUGUCAAACAUCUCGCACUGCAUCCAAGCGGUCUCGCUAGCAUGUGCACAUCUGGAAGAUAUGAAUGCCUUCAUGGGGCAUAUGAUCGCGCCAUACGAGCGCCUCUCAGUGGUUUUGUCCAACAAACGUCAUUUUGACCUCGUCAGCGAGACAGAGAUUACAAAAGCACGAGACCACCUCAGCAGUGAAAUUGCACCGCAGCUGACCGAGCUUAUGGACAAAGCCAAGGAGAGUUUAGAGAAGGAGGAGAGGCAGAUGAAGGCGCUACGAAACAAGACGCUGCAACAACAGGCGCAGCUCGAAGAAAUGGGCAUCAAGCUCGAACCCCCCGCUCCUCCUGCAACCGCAGUGCCAGCAGAGGGCACGCCAGAAGCUGCUGCAGCUGUCAAGGCAGCGGAACGCGAGCUCCAGGCGCUCAAGAAGCAGGUUGCCAGCCUCAGAAGGAAAAGAGAGCUGUUGUCCAAGAGCGUUGAGAAGCUCGAAAGUGACGUAGACCGAUCUGAAAAGCAAUCGAGAUAGGGCAGCCUAUGUCUCUUGCUUCCUUGCACCUAUUUUUCUCAUGUUGUAUCAUAUUCUCGUCGCAAGUGCAACACUCAACAACUCGAAAGGUCCUAUUCGAAACUGGAGACUGAUAUGACUCGAUCAACAGCAACUUGAACGCAUCGCCUUCUCGGACGUCUUGGUUGAUCGACUGUGUCAUCAAAGAAACGAAAGACGUGAGUAUGGAUGAACCAUCAUUUUUGCGGACUGCAGGAUGUAUAUCUCUCGCGGGUCUGGCAACGGACCCAAAGUUUGAGAUUUUUGGCCGGUAGGGCCACCCUCUGUGUGUCGCAAGUACUUGGCAACCUGAUAAACCUACAGUGAAACGGUAUUGUGUUGGGCGUGGCCCUCUCUCCCUGCGGGAUUUUGAUGCAUCAUAUCCGGAAUGGAG